AUGGCGACGGCGGAGGCUUUCGAGGCGGCGGUGGAAGACGGGCUGCACCUAUCUAAGAGAGUGUACUUCGGCAAGGACAGGGCGGUGGCGCCGCCUAAGCCUCCGACGGUUAUGGAGAGAGCCGCCGGCCUCUCAUUCCUACCAAAAUCCCCGAUGCUCUACGCCGUGAUCAUCGACCCUGCGGUUGUGGACAAUCCAGACAUGCCGAGCUACCAGCCGCACGUGCACGGCAGGUGCGAUCCCCCGGCCCUGAUCCCGCUCCAGAUGAAUGGAGUCUCGCUCGAGGUCGAUUGCUUCCUGGACACAGCCUUUGUCACGCUGAGCGGCUCGUGGCGCGUGCACUGCGUCAUGGGCAGCCGCAGUUGUGAUUGCCGCCUCGCAGUUCCAAUGGGCGAACAGGGUUCAAUUCUAGGUGUUGAUGUUGAGUUACCCACAACAAUAUAUAGCACUCAACUUGUUGCCAUGGAGAAUGAAAAAGGAAUGGAAAAGAUCACAAAAACUGAAGAUGGAGGAUUCUUGAAAUCUCAUAUAUACACUCUCAAGAUUCCACAGGCAAGCUCACAUUUCAUUGAUGGAGGAACCAAUGUAUCGGUUAAACUGAGGUGGUCUCAAAUGUUACUGUAUCAUGAUGGAGAAUUGACCUUGAAAAUUCCAUUUAGCUUCCCCGAGUAUGUAACUCCAGCUGCAAAGAAAAUCGCUAAACGAGAAAAGAUACAGUUGGAUGUUAAUGCUGGUCCUGGGACAGAAGUUCAGUUCAGAACAACUUCUCACCCUUUAAAGGAACGACAGCGACAAGCAGGAAAGCUGGGCUUCUUAUAUGAAUCUGAAGUUCUUUCAUGGUCAAACGUUGAUUUUUUGGUUACAUAUAAUGUAUCUUCAAGUCAUAUUAUUGGUGGUGUACUAUUGAAUCCUUCAAUGGUACAUGAUGUAGAUCGUAGAAAUAUAUUCUGUUGCUACCUUUUCCCGGGAAAGCAGCAGAGUAUAAAGGUUUUCCGGAGAGAAGUGGUGUUUGUUGUUGAUAUAAGUGGAAGCAUGAAAGGCAAACCACUUGAAGAUACCAAAAAUGCCUUAUUUUCAGCAGUUGCCAAGCUUGAUUCCAAAGACUUCUUUAACGUAAUUGCAUUCAAUGGAGAAACAUACUUAUUUUCAUCAUCCAUGGAAGAAGCAACUGCCAAAGCUAUUGAAAAUGUCACUCAGUGGAUCAAUAUGAAUUUUGUAGCUGGUGGAGGCACAAAUAUUCUGCUUCCUCUAAAUCAGGCCAUUAAGAUGUUAUCUGAUAGUAGCAACUCAAUUCCUAUUGUUCUCCUUAUUACUGAUGGAGCUGUGGAAGACGAGAGACACAUUUGUGGUACCGUGAAAAGCCUGUUAACAAGCCAAAAGAAUGUUAGUCCAAGAAUAUACACACUGGGCAUAGGUACUUUCUGUAACCAUUAUUUUCUGCGGAUGCUUGCAAUGAUUGGCCGGGGGCAACAUGAUGUUGCUAGUGAUGUGGAUUCCAUUGAGGUUCGCAUAGGAGGACUAUUUGCCAGAGCAUCAUCUAUAUUUCUUGCAAAUAUUGCAUUUGAAAAUCUCAGUAACCUUGAUGAUCUUGAGGUGUUUCCUACUCAAAUUCCAGAUCUUUCAACUGAAAGCCCAUUGAUUGUGUCCGGCAGAUACCGUGGAACAUUCCCAGAGACCCUCAAGGUCAAUGGUGUCCUUGCAGAUAUGAGCAAUUUUUCUGUAGACCUGAAGGUUGAAGUGGCAAAGGAGAUGCCAAUCAGCAAGGUAGUAGCCAAGCAACAGAUUGAACUUCUUACAGCUGAGGCCUGGUAUUCUGAAAGCGAGGAACUGAUUGAGAAGAUUGCCAAAAUAAGUGUCCAGCAUGAUAUUGUUUCCGAAUACAUGAACAUGGUUUUGCUCAAGACCCAGAGAGGAAACACAAGAGCCAAUUCAACUGUUGCACAGGAGGUUCAUGUUCCCCGCAAUGUUAAUGCUCACAAGAAGGAGGACUCCAAGCCGGAGAGAGUACUAAUCCUUGGUGACAUGGGGCUUGGUUUUGGCAACCUAACGGCCACGCAUGAGAAUGUGCCUCCUGGAUCAGGUGACGUGAAGCACCCGGAUGCUGCGGAGGCUUUCGCACGAGCGGCCUCAAACUGCUGUGGGAGUGUGUGUAACCACUGCUGCUGCAUGUGCUGCAUCCAGACAUGUUCCCGGAUAAACGACCAGUGUGCCAUAGCCCUCACCCAAUUGUGUGGGGCCCUGGCGUGCCUAGGAUGUUUCGUGUGCUGUGGAGGACAUGACGGGAGUGAGGGUGUCACGCCGUUGAACUCAUCUCGCGACGUGAGGGGCGCAUAUGUCGCGGCGUGGCAGGUGUGGCGUGGCGUGAGAGGAGCAGGUGUCGCGGUGUGA